CACAGUGGUGACCAGCAUACGGAAAUAACUUAAAAUAGAAGUUGAUGAGAUUCAAAAUCAUUUUCAUAAUCAAAAAGAAGAGAGAGGACUGAAAUCUGGACACAGUUUUCAGUUUCAAUUCAGCAGGGUGAGGUCUAAAUCUACUAAGAUCUUCUUCUUCUCUGGGAAACAGCAACUGUGAGGAGGGAGUAGACCCUAUCCUACAUCUAUAUGUGAUUUCACUAUCAAGAUGAGGCACAUAAAGCACAGCAUCAUGUGGGUCAGUCUUGUGGUCAUCCUGCCUCUCCUCUGGAAAGGUAUCUCAAGCCAGGUCAUACAUCUUCAAGGUUAUUCUAUUGAAGUGGCUUCCAGUGUCAGGGUACAGGAGGGUCUCUGCGUCACGAUUCCUUGUAAAUUCACUGCUGAUGGCAGAAAUACAUUCAGUAAUUCCUUUGGAUACUGGAGAGAUCCCAAUUCAGAUUCUUUCCUAGCCAGUAAUGAUAAAUCUAGUGCCGUGGAAAAACCAAACUUCCAUCUGACUGGAAAUCCAGAUUCCGGAGACUGCACCCUGACCAUAACUGACGCCAGACGAGAUGAUGAGGGGGAAUAUUUCUUUAGAUUUGAAGAAAGCAAAGACAGUAACGUAAAAUAUGGUUAUAUCCGAGAAAGAAAAACCUCUGUUACUGUGACUGCUCCGGUCACAUCUCAUGUUGGGAGAGUGAUUGCUGGAAGAAGUAAGACUUUGACCUGUGCUCCUCCUGGGAACUGCUCUGAGAAAUCAAUAGAUUUCCAAUGGAAGAAGAGUAAUGUGGCUGGUGUCUGGAAGAAUUCAUCUACAGUCACAUUCAUCCCAUCUCUAGAUGAUCACCAGGAAACCAUCACUUGUGAGAUUACAAAUAUCCAGGGGAUGAAAACUCAAAAAAACAUUCUUCUUGAUGUCUGCUGUCCUACAUCUAUUAUGAUCACAGGGGAGAUAAAUGGAAACAAAGAGAACAUAAUAGACCUUAUAAAAGUGGAUGAAGGUUCAUCAAUGACAUUGACCUGCUCAGUACAAAGUAAUCUAACACUUAAUAUGACCUGGUCGGAUGAGAAGAACAAUGUUCUCCAGCAAGGGAAUGGAAAGAAGCUAGAACUUAGACUACAAAACAUAACGUUGAACCAUACCGGUGUCUACACAUGCUCAACAUUGACUGAAAAUGUGAUAAAAAGCACAAAUAUUAAUGUAAUUGUACACUACCCACCUAGAAAUAUGAAAAUCAACAUUCAUUCGUCCAAAGGCGGAGAACAUCCAGCAAGUCAACAAGUCCGUAUUGAUUCAGCUGAAACAUUGACCCUUGUCUGCAGUGUUGAAGGCAACCCAAAUGCUACUGUGGUCUGGGUGAAGGGGGAAUUUGACAUAGAGACAUCUAAUAAUGGUCGAAAGUCAGCAAUGAUAAAUGUGAUGCCAUCAACAGCUGAUGUCUACCGAUGCUUGGCAUGGAAUACACUUGGGCUGAGUGAACAACGUAUUCAAGUUUGCACAAAAUGGGCUUGUAUAACUGCAACCAUGGAUUUGACCGUCAUUAUUGGGAUGGUUAUUGGCAAUGUUGGUGCCCUCAUCAUCAUUUUUGUGGGAUCCUGUUUCUGUAUGAAGCAACGCAUGAAGAAAAAUCAGUUAGUGAAGAAACCUACAAACCCCAGGAAACAAAGAAAAGGAUCCACAUAUCAGGCACAAGACAAUAGUGGGAAUGAAGAAAAUAUCUACUGCAACACUUUGGCAUAAUAAUGAUGAAGACCUCCAUGAUGUUACUUCCAAUUUCUUGCAGCAACAUAACAUAGUCAUUAUUACUGGAAUCAAACCUGCACCACUGUUUCCACAGCGAGUGAAAAACUAACACUCCCAGUAAAACUUGAUUUAGGCCUCAUGCACACGACCGUCUUUCGGGUCCGCAUCCGAGCCGCAGUUUUUGCGGCUUGGGUGCGGACCCAUUCAUUUCAAUGGGGCCGCAAAAGAUGCGGACAGCACUCCGUGUGCU